ACAUCAAUCCGACCAUGGAGUCCUCAGAACUUUACAAUGUCAAGCAGCAAUUCUUUCUUGGAGCGUUCAAAACACUAGCGGACUUGCCACUGCCAGAGGCAGAGUCAGAGGAUUACAUCCCUAUCCUGUUCUACAAAGCUCGCGCGCUCAUCGCUCUAGGAGAUUCAACCGCUGUUUCGUCUCUGAUUCCGACAGACUCCGAAAACCUUGCAUUAAAAUCUGUCGCUGCGCUAGCGAAGUACACAUCAGGGGCAGAUGCCUCUGACGCAGCCUUGGAGGAGCUGAGAGACCUCGCGGUCGAAAUUGAGGGAGAUGACGCUGACGCCACCGAUCGUGAGAAGGGGUGGGUUCGUGUUGUCGCUGGGACUGCAUUUGCACGUGCAAGCGAGGUGGAGGAGGCUUUGGAGACCCUUGGUGUCGCUUCAAGCACGGAGAAUCUCGAAGCAGUCGCAGUCAUUGUUCAGAUAUAUUUAUCCAUCCACCGGCCUGAUCUUGCUCGGAAGGAGUUCGAACGCGCGAAGCAGUGGGCUGAAGACGAUCUCCUGUUGCAGCUUAUCGAGGCUUCUAUCGGUCUCGCGACUGGUAAAGAUGGCUACUCGGAUUGCAAUUCUUUCUACACCGAGCAGCUGGCGAACCCUUCACUUUCCUCGCCACACCUCCUCACAGCGCGUGGCGUCACACGUCUCCUACGCGGUGAGAUCCCGGAAGCGAAGUCUGAUUUCGAGGAGGCCGUGUCGCAACAGGGAGGCCAUGAGGAUGCGGAGACAUUGGCUGCAAGUGUGGUCGCUGCAGGGCUUGGUGGUGGGAAAAAGACCGAUGCUGAGCAAUUGUGGAGUCGAUUGGCAACGACUUUCCCCACUCAUCCAUUGGUCGUCGACGUCAAUUCGAAGGCUGACUUGUUUGACGAACUUGCAGCUAAGUUCGACAUCCCACCUCUCGCUGUUCCUACCACCGCGUAGGGUCAUGAGGAUUUGUCUUGCGUCAUGUUUAUCACACGGACUCGUGCAAUAUUCAUGGAUCAGAAGGACCGGUGACGUUACGGUUUUCAAGCUUUACCGUUUAGCAGGUCAAUCUUCGAAGCUUCAAGCUUCAGGACUUUAAAGCUCUAUGGUCAUCUUAUUGAGGCCUUACACGG